CUCUGUUGACAGACCAGCCACCUCGCGGUCCCGUGCAUGAACCGCAGAUCUGAGCCCACCAUCCGACUUGUAUCUGCGCAUCCUCAACUCCACUCGUAUUGUCGCUUGCGCCGUACUACGCUGUCCCGCAAUUCUCGAGAGUCGUGGUUCAUGGGACGUCAUCUCCAGCAUUCGAGGUGAAGGUCCUCGCGCAUCACACCACCACUAUGUCAACCUCACUAAGGCUGCCUAUCGAACUUCGAAUGCAAUGGCUCCCGCUCUUCUCAGCUUCGCUACUGCUGUCUGCUGUUGCAGCCCAGAUGCCCUACAACCCUACACGCCUCCUCCAGAACAAUGAUACCCUCUACGUCUUCCGCCCGUCGUCGCAAUCCUCCACGCAGUUCGCUCUGAGCACCAUCGAUCUAUCAUCCCAGGUCAAAGCGUCGAACCUGCCCUACAACACAUUGUACGCCACGCUACCCUUCCUUGACGACAAUGCCCCGCGCGCGUUCACCCCGGUUCUUGACCAGGACGGCAACCUGACUGUAUAUACGGGCGACUGCACUCUGGGUGCGAGUGGUGGGGAGUUGUGGAGUUUCGUACCAGAUACACCGGAGAAUGUCGUCAAGGGUAGUUGGAGCAAGCAGGAUGUAUCUGUGGUCGACAGUUCGCAUACGUCCAUCAUGGGCGCGAACUACCUCAGCGGCGGUAUGACAUUCUCGUCUAUCGUAGGAGGGAAGGCUGCGAACACCGGCGCAUACUUCUUCGGUGGCAUGUGUCCCGAUCAAAACGAUACCACGAGCGACUGGCAAUCUGCGGCCAACUACUCAAACUUCAUGGUCACACUACAACCAUCCGAGGAUACGAGCAAGCCGCUCAACUACGACAUCGACGUCUCAUCCAGCCGUGGGCCGCCUAUACCCGAAGCUGGAUUCACCAUCACUGGUCUUUCGCCAACCUUUUCCGACCGAAGCGAUGGCACGCAGAUACAACAGCAAAACUUUGUUCUUAUCGGCGGCCAUACUAGUGCUGCUUUCAUCAACAUGUCGCAGAUUGCGCUCUUCUCUCUACCGGAACAGGGCUGGACCUUCAUCGGCGUUGAGCAGCCUGACACUUCCCGUACAGACUUAGCUAUCCGAGCAGACGUCACCUCGAUCGACCCGCGUUCCGGCCAUACUGCCGUACUGAGUCCCGAUGGCCAGCAGAUCAUUGUGGUUGGUGGCUGGGUGGGCGAUAUCAAUACACCGGCGGAUCCCCAGUUCGCCAUACUGAGCGUUGCAGAUGGAUAUGGCGGUGCUGGUGACUGGCAGUGGGUAGUUCCAUCUACUGCUGGUACCGGGCUGCCGAAUGACGGUGGUAUUUACGGUCAUGGAGCGGCCAUGCUCCCAGGAGGUGUACUGAUGAUCACCGGAGGCUACUCUAUUUUGUCAUCUAGUACACAGCGGAGAGACGUCGCACCAGCAGUAAACACGCAAACCUACUUCCUUAACGUCACCUCGAACACCUGGAUCUCGGAUUAUACUCCCCCAGCCAAAGAGGCGCCGUCCGAAUCUGCCAGUAGCGGCUUGUUGUCGACAACUGGGCAAAAGGCUGGCCUGGGUGUAGGCAUUGGUAUCGGCCUGGCUGCGAUAUGUGGAGUGUUCGCGCUCUACAUGUGGUAUGCAAGGCGUAUGAAGAAGCGGAGGGAGUUCCGGGAAAAGCAACUGCAAGAGAUCUCCUACACUACCCAUAGAUAUAAUGCCGAAGACCACCCUCAAAGCUUCGAUGGCCGCGGCGGGAACUCGGAUGCUCUGGACUACAUUGCCGAUCAGAACGGGCCUUACUACUUCCCGGCCGGUACACAGGGUGGGCAAGGAUGGAAGGCCGCCAACCGGGGUGAUGUAGAAAGAACUGGCUUGCUGGUCGAGAUUCCAAGUCCGACCCGCGGAUUGCGACGCAACUUGACUGGUAGACCUCAGUACGCCAUGGGCAGGCCUCGUGGUCCUGGAAGCAUACAUCCUAUCGACGAAUUGGAGGAGGAGCCUGACGAAGAGUUAGCGCACGACAACAACACACCGGGCAGGCAUCAUGAGAUGACCGAGACACGACCAAGAUCCGGAGCAGCGAUACUGGACAACGCUCCUGUUUUGGAUCCCUUCACGGAAUCCCCUGGGCGUACCAGGAAUACCCUCCAUUCAGCGUCUCCCUCGCCUCAACACCAGAGCUAUGAGGUCAACACUAAUUCAGCUGGAAGGCUAUCGCCUGACAAGUCUACUUCGGAACGUACAAGCUCCAACCUCAGCGAACGAAGUACGCUGUCCUGGACUUCCUCCAACGGUGGCGUGGGGCGCAGUGCAUCCAUGCGUUCGGGUCCUAUGUUGAACACAGCCAUGCGUGCCAACCCAUUCAAAACGCCUGAUACAAGUCCUACUCAUGACAAGCCUGGUCGACACUCACCAGACGACCCGCGAACCCAGUCAUUUAGUAGUCUGCAAGGAGAACAGGAUGUCGACUCAUUCCGCACGGCACAAUCAUCAUUCUCCCGUCUACAAGCAGAAGGCGAGGUGCUCCUUGGUGGAAACCCAGAGCGAUCCAGACCCGACACCAGCUCAUCCGGUUCAACCACACACCGUGACUCGGACCGCAGCAACAGUCGCGCAGCCACAGCCACACCAGCAACAUCCUUCGCACUAGACCUAUCAUCAGCCUCUCGACCCGCAACUAGAGAGCGCAGAAUGAGCUGGCUAGGCAGUGUCCGCAGAGUGCUAACGCGCUCCGUCUCAAGCGCCGAACGUACGCGCUCUCUAACAACAGCACCAAUCUACCACGAACCCUACAGAGACGAUCCCAUCUCCCCCGUCGACCCGUCUCCCCGAUCCAUCAACAGGAAAUCCCUCCCCGCCCCUUCAACAGCAACCUCAACCCCCCAACGCGCCGCCUCCGACGCAAGCUUCUGGCGCAACCGCCGCGGCAAACAAGAUUGGCUCGAAGAAGAACAAGACCCGGCGUGGCGCCGCACCGCAGGAGAUGACUGGGGCGCACCUGAGGACAUUGCCAUACUAGAGCGUGAACGCGCACGUCAAGAGUGGCGGGAACGGGGAAGCAAUCUGCUUGUCACUAUCAACAGUGAGGACCGUCUCCCCACGCCACGCACACCAAUUUCACCAGACCAGCUAGGCGUGCCGCCAUCGCAUGAUAGAGGAGAGGAAAGAGAGCGUCCCUGCACCCCCGCCAGCGAAGCAGACUGGGACGUCGAAGCCGCAGUCGAGCGCCGCGUUGUGCAAGUCAUGUUCACCGUACCAAAAAGCAAGCUCAGAGUCGUCAACGCAGACAUUGACGGAGCUAGCAUAUUGUCCGAUGUCCCCCCACGGGAUACGGAUGAUAACGCUAAUACGUCGCCGACGAGGGUGAAGGAUCUUGCGGGAAGGUUCGAACAGAUGAGUGGGAGGAGUAGUCCUAGGAUGAGUCCGAGGCCUAGUCCGUCGAAUUCGAUUAAGAGUUUGAAGGUUAGGAACAAGGCAAGUUCCGCGUCGCUGGCGAGACAGACGAGUCUCAGGAGUGCGAGGUUGGGCAGUGGAGCAGGUCUGAGUCCGUUGGGGAAUGGGAAGGGGAAAGAGAGGGAGUGAUUUGAUGAUGGUAUUUUCCGGUUGUACGAUUUCUUUUUGAUGAUCUAGGGAUAGCGAAUGGCGUUUGGGAUCUGGCGUUUUCUGUACGCACAGAGAAGCUUGAUAGAUAUCCUUGAUGUUUGUAUUCACAUAGCACGAUUUAGUGUUGACGUGCUCCACGGUCGUUUUUAGACGAGACGAUGUAGUUACAAGUAGUUUGAACGACCUUAUUAUUCUACAAAAGAGUUAUAUACUGUCCUCG